UUAUUUGUACUUACAUUUGUGAUUCUAUUCAAAAUUUCAUAUAAAUAUAUUCUUUAAAAAAUGUUAUAUGUCUUCACAUCACGCGCGCGAACGAAUAAAAGAAAUAAGAUUAUUUUCCGUUGGAACUACGAUGUAAUAAUUGAUAUACGUUCAUUAGCUUCUUAUGAAUCCUUAGAGCUAUUCUUCUAUUGGUGAACAGGUGAAUUUCUAUUCAUAGAAAUGUAUUGCGCACGCGUCGUGUUUCGCAUUCUUUCGCUUGUCUUCGGGUAGGUUCGCAGCUCGCAAAAGCAGUGCACUUGAGAAAGCCCAUCGCAGGCUGUCUCGACGUGUAUGUUUUGAACAAUUCGCAACAUGUUAAUGAGUUUUUAUCAGAUUCUAAUUAAAAAUUCAUGCAGUGUAUUCAGUAUACGAAAAAAAAUUAAUAGUGCUAGACAUUUACCCUCUUGAUCGAGUAUUUUUAUUAGUAUCAAUUGUGCAAUAAGGAAGGUGAAGAACGAUGCCAGGCAAAGGAGGCAGAAGACGAAAAUGCGGACAUGGUGGAAAAAGAGCUGAAUUAACAUCUGAUGAAGAUUCUAUCAAUAAUGAUGCAUGCAGCGUAUCUAGUAGUCAAUCUGAUAAUCGCAGCAUGUUAGAUGAUGUGAAUGAUAAUGAGGUAGAUGAAUUCGCGCAGCAAGAAGCAUUUGAAGAAAAGCUAAAGGAAGCAAUUGAUGGUUUAUCACAAAAGAGUGCAAAAGGCAGAACAAUUUGUUUUAAUGGAAUAGAAAGAAUCUUUGCCAUCAAAUAUAUUCCAGAUUUUGUAGAAGAUAGAAAAAUGACUAUCACAGAUUCAGUGGAACGAGGCUUAAGAAAAGGACGUAGUGAAGAACAAUCUACAGCAGCCAGAUUAAGUAGUUUGCUUUGUGUUCAAUUGGGAGCUUUUGAAAGUGCAGAAAUAGUUUGUCGAGAUUUGAAAAGUACUUUAACUUUUAUUGCCAGCGAUACCACAGCUUCUACUCAAGCACGUUCAGAGUGCUGUUGGGCUCUAAGCAUGAAUCAAUUCUUAUCAGGCAAUGAUGCAACUGCUACCAUUGAAAUUGUACAAUUAUUGUCUGGUAUUUUCUCUGGUUCCUAUUUAAAAGGAAAUGGUGCUAUAGCAAAUAUUUCUACAGAAAUUGCUGCGUUGCAUGCUACAGCUAUUUCAUCUUGGACACUUCUCUUAACAGUAAUGGCUCCAGCAGAUAUUUACAGCUUGCUUGCGAGUGAUAGAACUAGUAGUUAUAUGCCGUCCUUGAAUAGAUUGCGCGAGUUAUUAGAAUCACCACAUUUGGAUAUAAGAUUGUCAGCUGGUGAAGCUCUAGCUGUAAUAUUCGAAUUGGGUCGCGAUUUUUCAUGCGAUUAUGAGCAGGAUUGGUCUUUGGAUCUAAUCGAAGUAUUAAAAGAGUUAGCUACAGAUUCAAAUAAGUACAGAGCAAAAAAAGACCGUAAACAACAGAGAGCUAAUUUCAGAGAUAUACUUCGCUAUAUAGAAGAGGAUAUUUUACCAGAAAUGCAUGUAAAAUUUGGCCAAGAAAUUCUAUAUUUAGAAGGAUGGUGCGCACGAACUCAGUAUAAUGCGUGCUGUAGAUUACUUGGUCCGGGAAUAAAUAUUCAUCUUGCGGAAAAUCAACUUCUGCGCGAAAUUUUUCACCUUGGUAAUAAAGUUGUGCCGAUACAAUUGAAUCAGAAGACAAGUAAAUUAGAAAGGACGUUAAUGAAUGCAGCUGCAUUCAAAGCGCGCACUAUUCAGCGUAAUAAAAACCGAGACAAACGAUCAGCUGCCUUGGCACCUUAUAAUUAUACUUUUUGUGUAAUACUUUCUGUAAACUAUUUCACAAAUAAUCAAUUUUUUACACGCGUUGAGGAAUCAUCAAAUUUGGUAAAUAUAAAUAUACAAAAAUAUUCAUUAUACAAAUAUUUAUUAAAUAUUCAUUAUAUUUUAAUGAAACAUUAUAAAAAAAGAAUGAAUAAUCUGAAAAAAGAAAAAGUAAUUCAAGAAAAUAUGAUAGCAAAAAAAAUAAAGACUGAAAAAAUAACUCCAAAGAUACAAUUUCUAAACAAAAAAAGACAAACAAAGAAAAAUUUAAAAAAAAAAUUAAAUACAGUAUAUGUUAAUCAAAAAAAAGAAGAAAUGGUAAAAAAAAUUAAAUCAAAAAAAAAUGUUAAACCUAUUAUAUAUGAUAUAAAAAAUGCAUUUAAUAAUGUUAAUCAUUAUAAAAAUACUGAGAAUAAGUCAAGAUUAUCUGAAUGUGGUUUUUUUUGGAAUGAAAUACCUAUCUUAAAUUUCUGUGAAAAUAAAGAAUCAUCCAGUGACAGUGAAGAUGAAAUAGAGCAAAAAUCAAAACAGAAAAACAAGAAAUUAAAUACUAUUGAACGUAGAGAACAAGAAAAGCAAAAAGAACGUGAAAUUCGUCAAAGGGAAGAAGCAUUAGCUAGUAACCAAUUACCAAAUUCUGUAGAUCAGUUUGACAGAUUAGUUUUAGCUAGACCUAAUAGUUCAAUAAUUUGGUUGCAAUAUAUGGCAUAUUAUUUACAAACAACAGAAAUUGAGAAAGCGAGAGCAGUUGCAAAGAGAGCAGUAAAGACAAUUAAUUUCAGAGAAGAAAAUGAAAAAUUAAAUGUUUGGAAUGCCUGGUUGAAUUUAGAAUCAAAAUUUGGUACUUCUGAAUCAUUAAAUGAUGUUUUUCAAGAAGCAGUGAGAAAUAAUGAUUCGUUAAAGAUAUACACCCAUAUGUUGAUCAUUCAUGUUGAAGCUGAUAGACAGAUUGAAUUAGAAAAAACAAUUAAUAUUAUAAUUGGAAAAUUUAAACAAAUUCCUGAAACAUGGAUCAAUUGUGGAGAAGCAUUAUUAAAAAUUGGUUUGAAAGAUAAAUCAAGGCAUAUUAUGCAAAGAGCAUUGCAAUCUUUACCAGCAUCUGAACAUGUGAACUUAAUGGUAAGAUUUGCAAUUAUGGAAAACAAAUUUGGGGAUAAAGAGAGAGCACAAACAUUGUUUGAACAAAUUUUGAGUUCCUAUCCAAGACGAGUUGAUAUAUGGUCUUGCUAUGUUGAUUCUUUAAUUAAAUCUAAUGAUAUUGAUAUAGCAAGGAGAGUACUUGAAAGAACAGUUAUUCAAACGCUACCUCCAAGAAAAAUGAAAAUUUUAUUCAAGAAAUUUAUUAAUUUUGAAGAACAAUAUGGUACUCAAGAGAAUGUAAACCAUGUUCAACAAAUGGCUGCAGAAUAUGUAGAAAGACAAUGUAAUAAAGAUUUAACAAUAUAAAUUAUAAAUUAUAAAUUAUAAAUAAAACAUUUUGAUAUAUAUUUUUUAUAUCAAGUCAGUGAA